GAUGACUUAGUUUGUUGCUUUAUAGUUACUAUCAAUAGAAAGUUGCUCCCUUUUUCUUGGUCUGCGUGUAUAUCGUAAUACUCCCUUAUAAAAAGGGGUAAAUCACAUGACUACUGCAGAACAGCUUGGUGUAGGUGGUGUGAACGCGGACGGUAAACCCGUCUUUGUUGCUACUGUACACAGACAGUAUGCCCCUAGCGUAGAUCGUGAGUUAACUGAUCAGGAGAAACUUUCAUGGAAGUCGUUCCAGCUCUGGCGCACCGCACAGUCUAUCGAACGACGUGACAACGUUUACAAGACGAUCAUCAACUCUGAUUUCACGAAUUUUAAUCUUGAUUAUCACAUCUUGGGGACACCGUUUCCUGUUGUGGAUGAUAAGACACACUUUCUGGAUUGCAUGAUGGGUAUUCGAUGGUAUGAGCACCUCAUUUCUGCAUUUGGAGGCUACGGGUACGCCUUGUGGGCUCGUUCAAAAGCGUCUAUGCAGUCGACAAGAGCGUCUUUUAAAGCUAACCGGACCAUCUUUGUUUCCACAUUUAUUCUUGCUGAGGUAGCCUUCUGCUACCGCAGCAUGUUCCGUCUUGCUGGGUUCUUGCCUAAUGAUUAUGAGUGUCGUAAGUACGGUGUAUUAGAAGACAAGGAGCGACUCGAGAAGAAGAAGGAGAUGUGGGAGAGGUAUGCCGCUUAUAAAAAGGAAUGGUGCCGACGUUUUGACUAUCACGUUUACGGGAUUCGCCCGGGUGAGAACUGGAGCCUUUUUUCAGCGUGCUGGAUUCCAGCAUGGGAGCCAUCUUUUAACACUAAAACCGAUUACCCGCCACGCAAAAAUCCCUAUUUUCUCACCGCAACACCUUUGCGUGAUAAGUUUAUCGAAAAUCCUAACUUUUACGAGGUCCCGACGAAUGAUAAUGUGCCACUUAUUAAAGCACGCCCAGAAUUCAAAUACAUUUAUCGUGGGCCUAUUGAUGCAUUAGCGAAUAGGAAGGAUAAUUAAGUUAGUUUCACUUUGUCCCCCUUUAUGGAAUUAAAAAGGGUAUGGGGAUCUUGUGUAGGGCUUAUAGUAGGAAUUGUAAUUUUUUGGAGGCUGUUUUGCACAUGACCCUCUCGUAUAUAUUGUUUCCAUGUAGUGCUCUUUACUGCGUCUUUUUGUCUGCGAAUUCAUUUCUCUUCCAACUGGCUAUUCAGGCGAAGGGAAAUAUAUUUAGUGAAACGUGUAGUAUAGAAAAUCAGGAAGACCAUUGUAGACUUAGUGCCGUUUAUUAGUGUGAUUAUUUAAAUAUAA